CUGAUCGGUACGGUACUAUCGGUGAUCAUCUUUUAGUGGCAUUGUAGAACGGUUAUUUAUAUUUUUUCAAUUAAAAUGUAUUGAAUGAUAAGGGCGUUUGCUUUAGUCUCGUUUUAAGUUUUACUUUGUUUAAUAAUUUCUGAAUAUUGGCACUUUGGAAAAUGGCUAGAAGCCCAUUUCGCAGAUUACUCCAUUGGGGGCCUAUCUCUGUUUUGUGUAUCAUUAAAUUGAUCACCUGGUCUAUGAUGCAUGUUCUGAGUAUGUGGUGGCCACCACAUGCAUCCACAGGCGGUGCGAUACACUCCGCUAUAUUUCUCGGCUUAGCCGCCACGACGCUGUACUAUUUCCUUCAGUCAAUGCUUGAAGGUCCUGGGUUUGUGCCUAUUGGAUGGAAACCAGACAAUGAAGAAGAUACACAAUACUUGCAAUAUUGUAGUAUUUGUAAAGGAUACAAAGCACCAAGAUCACAUCACUGUCGAAAGUGUGGGUAUUGUGUUAAGAAAAUGGAUCACCACUGUCCAUGGAUUAACUGUUGUGUGGGACAUGCUAACCAUGGAUAUUUUACUAUGUUUCUGACAUCAGCUGUCUUGGGAUGCCUACAUGCUUCCAUUGUGCUGCCAAUCUGCGUGUACCACGCCCUGAACCGCGUGUGGUACGUGCACCAUGGCACGGGGCGCGAGCCACUGGUGUACUUGACUCUGACGACGUUACUGCUGACGUUACUUGCCGUCGGCAUGGCGGUCGGCGUCGUUCUGGCUGUCAGCGCACUGCUAUACUUGCAGCUUCGCGGAAUCUUGCGCAAUCAGACGACGAUAGAGGACUGGAUCGUGGAGAAGGCGGUGAGCCGGCGCGAAGAGCAGGGGCUGGCUCCGUUCGUGUUCCCGUACAACCUGGGCUGGAGGAAGAACUUUAAGUUCGUGCUGUUUGGCUCGCAGUACGACGGGCUGCGGUGGCCAGUCCGCGAGGGCUGCGGGGCAUAUGACUUGACGCGAGAACAGCUGUGCCAGAAGUCUGAGAAGCGUCUCCGGUCGCGUCUGUACACGGCUACAUCUCACUACUCCGGCCGCUGGGUGCCGAUACUGUCCCGCCCGCGCGCGGCCCUGGCGGCGCCCUGCAGCGACGAGCCGCGCCUGCCGCUACGCCCCGGUGACGUCAUACGAGCCACCAGGCAACGGAGACACUGGCUAUUCGGCGAGAAGCUCGGCGCGUCGGACGGCGAGCGCGGGCCGCGGGGCUGGUUCCCCAGCGCCGCCGCCGCGCCCACCGACGAGAUGGCCAAGACCAAGCCCGACUAGCGCCGCCGCCUCUGCCGAGGUAUCCCCGCGUUGUAUGAGCUCGUUUGCUUACACGACAACGUCAUUGAAACCACUGUAUGAACUGGUAUGAACCGCUUACGUUCAGUAACACUAUGUAACUAUGUACUUGCUCCUUUACAUAUAGCUUGACUCAUUUGACAGCUGGACAAUACAUUUUCCUGAUAUGCCUCUUUCGCAUUAGACUGUGACCAGCCAUGAGAAAUAUCAUUUACCCACUUUAGAACCCUGUUGUAUUAAGAUACUUGUCAUUUAGUGAGCCAUACAGUUCAAUUUGUCAAAAAAGUUAAUGUGAUAUGGUACUAAAGCUACUACUAUGGUAACAAAUGCUCGUUAUCAUACUAUCAUUCUGUUCUGCUCUCAAACUACUCAAGUUAUAUGUAACGGAGUAUGAAGGUUGGGAAUAUGUAUACCAUGUUUAAAUAGUCUUCUAUAGUCAUUGUUUCGCUUGAUGCAUUUAGACUGUAUCUUCGGAAUCAAGAAGCGUAGCAUUUUAGAUGUCCUUGAGUGUCUUUUUCUUCUUCGUGCAUAAUUUGACGCUCCGAUGCACGCUUCUGUCCGAAAACGCAGUGUUUAUCCAGUUGCCAGGAGGUGGGUAGGUAUAAUACUUAUAUAGAAUUGGGUAGUUUCCUAGGUCAAAGAUAAAAUAUGAAAUUCUGAUUACUAUAUAAAGACAGAUCUAAAGGUGACAAAAAAGUUUUCUUUUUUCUAUUUAACUUUUUUAUGAAUUUGAAUAAAGAAAUAUGUAAUAAUAAGUGCGACAUUUUGUCUCGUUUUUGUAUGACGUCACAGGUUGCUUUAUCAUACAAAUACCAUAGUAAUUUCGUGUUUUGACGUUUAGUAAAAAGUAGCUGAUUUGACUUGUUGGAAACUACCCUAUUGUUGAAACAAAGGAGUGCGCGAGAGUUGUGCUUUUGUCCGUGACUCAUACUGGAUUGUGAUUCAUGGAUCGCGUCAUUGCUGUCACGGUUAGAUUGACGGUAACAGCGUAGCACAAACUAUAAUUAAAAAAAAAUGUUCUAUAAAGUAACUAUUGUAUAUUUUAUUUCUACAUAUACACGUGUCGAUUCUAAGCGGCUUAACACAAUAUAGGUUAAGUUUAAAUGUUCCAAAAGUAACGCCUUCUCUUUCUUUCUUUAAGCGUAAAUGAAGAACGACACUGGUUUUAGAGCUGUCAAAGGAAACUUAAAUUUAGUUUAAGUCUGCCUGAAUCGAUACUGAUGUAUACUUCAACACUUGUAGGUAAAGAAAAAUAUUUAUAAUAAUUGUCUUUAUAUGUAUCAGGGAGGUGUAAUAGUAGACAGGUAGGUAGUAAUCGAAUUUUAAAGGCGAACGAAUAGUAACCAGUACAUUUAUAUACGUCAGUAAGAUGAAAAACUUUCCUAAGAUUUUAUAGUGAAUUUAAUAAAUUACUUACAUGAAAUAAAUAAAUUUUAUAGCCAUAUUAUACUUUCAAUAGAUAGCGUAAUUUCAUCAUUUUUUUAAAAUGCGAAUAAAAAGAAUACUUGAAAUGCAAAAGGUAAUGCAAGGAAAUUUUCGAUUUAACCCAAAAGGUUAACUUUAUUUUUGUCACCUUUUUGUGACAUAAAAAUAUUUUUAAUAGUGCAAUGCAAUGUAAUGAUAAAUUCGUGCACAUUCGUGCUAUCUAAAUGAUUAAAUCUAUAGACUUAUUAAAUUGUAUCUUUAAAACAGGGUUGUAUCAAUUCCUUAUGUUGGUAGUCGAAGUUUGUUCUAAGAUACUACAGUAAGUCGAUCUCAAAUAUGAAUACAUAAAUGUAGUUAUUUGUUGUCAAUCAUUUAUUAUGGUUAAGCAUAUUGUGAAUAUUUACACGUACUUUAUGUAACGAUAACUUUCUUAUUUGCAACUAGAUAAUAUAACGUAAUUGUGAAUAAACGUAAGCAUUUAA